AGGACCCGAGGAGGAAGAGCUGCAGGGAGAGGGUGCCUCCAGCGGGUGCUGCCGCGAGCGGCCGGCCGAGGCGGCUGGAAAUGAAAGUAAAGCGCUCCGGAGCCACAUGGACGGAGCUGCCGGGGCGGCGGCGCCGGGAGCAGGAUGCGGCCGCCCGUAAUUAAAUAGCAUUUACUCUUAUUAUUACUAAUAAUAAUAACGUAAUCAUACCUCUAGUCAUAGCAUACCAUUUAUCGGGCUCGGCGCAGGCCCGCGGGGAGCGCAGCCCGGCCGAGAGACUGAUGGAGAGGCAGAGACGGAAGGCGGACAUCGAGAAGGGGCUGCAGUUCAUUCAGUCGACACUACCCCUAAAGCAAGAAGAAUAUGAGGCCUUUCUGCUCAAGCUGGUGCAGAACCUGUUUGCUGAGGGCAAUGACCUGUUCCGGGAGAAGGACUAUAAGCAGGCCCUGGUGCAGUACAUGGAGGGGCUGAACGUGGCCGACUACGCUGCCUCCGACCAGGUGGCCCUGCCCCAGGAGCUGCUGUGCAAACUGCAUGUCAACAGGGCCGCCUGCUACUUCACCAUGGGCCUGUAUGAGAAGGCGCUGGAGGACAGCGAGAAAGCGCUGGGCCUGGAUGGCGAGAACAUCCGGGCACUGUUCCGCAAGGCCCGGGCCCUCAGUGAGCUGGGGCGCCACAAGGAAGCUUAUGAGUGCAGCAGCCGGUGCUCCCUCGCACGGCCCCACGAUGAAAGCGUAACCCAGCUUGGUCAGGAGCUGGCUCAGAAGCUUGGGCUUCGAGUUCGGAAAGCAUAUAAGAGGCCCCAGGAAUUGGAAACAUUUUCUCUGCUCAGUAAUGGCACUGCGGCUGGUGGGGCAGAUCAGUUCUGGAGACUGGGAAGUCCAAGAUCAAGGUGCUGGCAAGUUUGGUAUCUGGGAACUUCCAAUGGAUUGGGGUCCAUAGAUGACAUCGAAACAGACUGCUACGUGGACCUGCGAGGCUCCCCAGCCCCUCUCCCCUCAACCCCCACGAUGCCCCUGUUCCCUCAUGUUCUGGACCUGCUGGCCCCCCUGGACAGCAGCAGCAGGGCCCUCCCUGGCACUGAGAGCCUGGAUGACUUUUCUGACGGGGAUGUCUUUGGGCCAGAGCUGGACACCCUACUGGACUCACUGUCCCUGGUCCAGGGUGGCCUGCCCGGCAGCGGUGUGCCCAGCGAGUUGCCCCAGCUGAUACCCGUGUUCCCCGGUGGGACCCCACUGCUGCCACCUGUAGUGGGUGGGUCCAUCCCCGUCUCCAGCCCACUGCCCCCGGCCUCCUUUGGUCUCGUCAUGGACCCCUCCAAGAAGCUGGCCGCCUCUGUGCUGGAUGCCCUCGACCCUCCAGGCUCGGCACUGGACUCCCUCGACCUGCUGCCGUACUCGGAUACGCGGCUGGAUGCCCUCGACAACUUUGGGUCAACCCGUGGUGCCCUGGACAAGCCCAACUCCUUUGUGGGGCAGGUGACCCCUGUGUCUUCUUGCCCAGAGGAAACCAACUCACAGGACCAUCGUCCCCCAAGUGGUACUCAGAAACCAGCCCCCUCGCCAGAGCCCUCCAUGCCCAACACCGCCUUGCUCAUCAAGAACCCCUUGGCUGCCACCCAUGAGUUCAAGCAGGCCUGCCAGCUCUGCUACCCCAAGACAGGGCCCAGGGCGGGCGACUACACCUACCGCGAGGGCCUUGAGCACAAGUGCAAGCGGGACAUACUGCUUGGCCGGCUCCGGAGCUCUGAGGACCAGACCUGGAAGCGGAUCCGGCCCCGGCCCACCAAGACCAGCUUUGUGGGCUCCUACUACCUGUGCAAAGACAUGAUUAACAAGCAGGACUGUAAGUACGGGGAUAACUGCACCUUCGCCUACCAUCAGGAGGAGAUCGACGUGUGGACAGAGGAGCGGAAGGGCACCCUCAACCGUGACCUGCUCUUUGACCCGCUGGGGGGCGUCAAGCGUGGCAGCCUCACCAUCGCCAAGCUCCUUAAGGAGCACCAGGGCAUCUUCACUUUCCUCUGUGAGAUCUGCUUUGACAGUAAGCCCCGGAUCAUCAGCAAAGGCACCAAGGACUCCCCGUCUGUCUGUUCCAACCUGGCUGCCAAGCACAGCUUCUACAACAACAAGUGCCUGGUGCACAUCGUCCGCUCCACCUCCCUCAAGUACUCCAAGAUCCGCCAGUUCCAGGAGCAUUUCCAGUUCGACGUGUGCCGCCACGAGGUGCGCUAUGGCUGCCUGCGGGAAGACAGCUGCCACUUCGCCCACAGCUUCAUCGAGCUCAAAGUCUGGCUGCUGCAGCAGUACUCAGGCAUGACCCACGAAGACAUCGUCCAGGAAUCCAAGAAGUACUGGCAGCAGAUGGAGGCCCAUGCAGGAAAGGCCAGCAGCGGCUUGGGCACCCCUCGGACGCAUGGGCCCAGCACCUUCGACCUGCAGAUGAAGUUUGUGUGUGGCCAGUGCUGGAGGAACGGGCAGGUGGUAGAGCCUGACAAAGACCUCAAGUACUGCAGUGCCAAGGCCCGGCACUGCUGGACCAAGGAGCGGCGGGUCCUCCUGGUGAUGUCAAAGGCCAAGAGGAAAUGGGUGUCAGUGAGGCCCCUGCCUUCCAUUCGCAACUUCCCACAGCAAUACGAUCUCUGCAUCCACGCGCAGAGCGGCCGCAAGUGCCAGUACGUGGGGAACUGCUCCUUUGCACACAGCCCGGAGGAGAGGGACAUGUGGACCUUCAUGAAAGAGAACAAGAUCCUGGACAUGCAGCAGACCUAUGACAUGUGGCUGAAGAAACACAACCCAGGGAAGCCAGGGGAAGGGACCCCAAUCAGUUCUCGGGAAGGAGAGAAACAGAUCCAGAUGCCCACGGACUAUGCUGACAUCAUGAUGGGCUACCACUGCUGGCUCUGCGGCAAAAACAGCAACAGCAAGAAACAGUGGCAGCAGCACAUCCAGUCCGAGAAGCACAAGGAGAAGGUCUUCACGUCCGACAGCGACGCCAGUGGCUGGGCCUACCGCUUCCCCAUGGGCGAGUUCCGGCUCUGCGACAGGCUCCAGAAGGGCAAGGCCUGCCCAGAUGGGGACAAGUGCCGCUGCGCUCACGGGCAGGAGGAGCUCACCGAGUGGCUGGACCGGCGUGAGGUGCUGAAGCAGAAGCUGGCCAAGGCCCGUAAGGAUAUGCUUCUGUGCCCACGGGAUGAUGACUUUGGCAAAUACAACUUCCUGCUGCAAGAGGAUGAGAACACCGCCGGUGCCACCCCAGAAGCCCCUGUGGCCGCCACUGUCACUGGGGAGUAGGGCCAGCUCUGGGCCUUGGGUGAAGUCCUAGGGUCGGGGCGGGGGUGGGGACAGGGGGCCUGAUAGGAGGGCCUGGGCAGGCCAGGGCUGGGGGUGGGGGGCCGCCCUCCUCAGGCAGCCCCCGGCCCCCUGGGGCCCCGUCCAUCCUCUCUGCCCCCACCACCUGUGCGCAUACCCAGGUGCACGUGCUGCAGCCCGAAGCGGUCCCAGGGUCCUCAUCCUGCUGGAACCCUGGGCAGAUACCCCCCACCCUCCGGCUCUCCUGGUUGGGGAGGGAGGGGCCUGACCGACCCCUCCAGCUUCAGCCUACAGCUUUAACUUCUGUCUGGUCCUAAAGGGGGCCCAGAGCUCAGGGCUGGGGAGCCUGGGGUCCCCACUUGAAUCUUCAGCGGGAUUCCCCUCCAUGUCCCACCCUCACCUUCCCCCCCCAGGGAGCAGAUCAGGACACGACAGAGGGCUGGAGGCCCCAGUUAGCUUUAAAAUGUAGCCCCAGGAUGGAGCUGGGAACACAGUCCUGGUCGCUCACCCACUGGGGUCUCAGUUUCCCCUCUGGUUGGAAGAGUGGGAGGGGCUGGGCUUGAUGAUCUCUGGAGCCUCUCCAGUCAGGCCACCGGCCCAGCCCUCUUCCUUGUGGGCCACUGAAUGUAGACUGUAGGUGCUCAGAGUCCUUAGAGAUGACUCAGCCCAAAUGCCCUUAUUGCAGAGAGGGAGACUAAGGCCUGGAAGGGAUGGGUGACCUGCCCAGGGUCUCCAGCCCAAGGCACAAAGUAGAGCCAGGAGGCAAACUAGUCAAAAGGCUAAGGGCCAGUUGUCUGCCGGAGCCUCCAGGCAGGAAUAUGACAGUCUCUGAAUCAGUGUGCAUUGGGGUCCCAGGCAGUGUGCCCCCUGUGGGCUGAGGAAGGGAGGCUUAGGGGGUUGGUCGUGUCAGCACUCUGUAGAGGGACUUCCCCUCCUGAGGGUGGUUCUGGGGAGUGUAGCAGCAUGUUACUGCCCACGCCCACUUCAGGUGGUGGUAACGGGCAGGGCACCCAUGGGCUCGCUUCUGCAGGAUGAACUGGAAGGAAGGGGAAGGGUGGGGGUCAGGGAAUAUGGAGAGAAGGGAGAUGACGCUGGGCACCAGGGGUCAUUCUAGGAUCGGACACAGCCCCUCUUUCUUGGGGACCCAGCAUGGCCCUCUCCCCCUUCUCCCCAGACCUAGACGUACAGUUGCGUCUGUCUGUCCUAGCCCUCCCUGACUCCCGGCCCUGCCAGCUGCCUGGCACCUCAGCCGACCCCCAGCCCCUGCCCCCAGCCGCCAAGCCCUCUCCAUCCCUCUCGUCUGACCUGUCUGCGUGCACCCCCUCCUCUCCAUCCCACCCCCUAUGGGCAGACCCAGCCUCCCCUGGUUCCCGAGACAUUCCAGAAUGUCCCACGUGGUUGGCACAAGGAGUGGGGCCCCCCGGAAGGAACCAGGGACCACAGCUGGAAUUGGGGGUGGGGGUGAGACAGAGAGAAUGGAAUCCCCCUCAUUUCUCCUCAAGCAAGGAUCUAUAGUGAGCGAUGAUGUGAUUCUGGGCACCCCGGGCACAGAGAACGCUGUUCCUCUUGCUGUCACUGCCCAGCCUUCCCCAGUAAUUGUGGCAUGCACCCUUUCCUCUCCCUGCCCCCUUCCCCCAGCAGGCCGGCACUGCGGUGCUGGUGGCAUGACUGGAGGGGAGGAGAGACCACACCCAAGGUGGGGGCCGUGGCUGUGAAUGUCGAUGACACUUGUUUUCCCUGAUCCGUGGUGUUGCAGUCUGUCGUCACCAGCCUCGUUUUUAGUGUGUAUAUAUGUCGCCCCCGUGAUGCAUAUAUACACAGGUAUUAAAUAUAUCGCUCUAUAUAAUAUUAUAUAUGUGUGUGGUAUCCAAGGAAUCACUUCUAAUGAGGGCUAAAGAUAAAGAAUUUGGCCAGAAAAUGCAGCCAUCCUGGUGUAAUUAAGAGGGAUUUUUCAGAUGCAGGGACUUGGAGCCGCGAGUUGGAGGUGGUUUGGCAGCAGGGGCAGGAGUGGCCCCCCCCUGGGCCCAGUUUCCAGACCACUCUGGCCUCACCGGGAGAGAGCAGUGGUGCUCCAGGAAAGAAAAUGCUUGGUGUUUGUCUCCCACCCAGAAGAAUAGGAUUAGAGUCCAGAUUUUUCUUCUUCAACCUGUUAUCUGUCCAGGGGCCCUUGGAAUCUGGGGCUCCCUGGCCUGGUCAGAGCUGGAUCCCCCAGAGUUGGGAAGAGAGCAAGAGGCAGGGGGUGGGGGGACAGGAGUCCACUUUGAAUGAUGAGGGUGAUUAUUUCAGUCGCGACCCCGACUGGGAGGCUUGGAGAGUUGAAUCGGGGACCUGUGCCCACUGCCAACAGGCAGAGACAAGACUUCGAACAUGGUGGGGGGGCAGGUGCCCCCGAUGUGCGUGUCCCUUUCGGGUAGGGGAAAGAGGGAUGCUGCAUUUCUCAGCUGGGCAGUAAUCAAUUUAAUGGUCCUUUUAAAAUGUCUGUGUAUUAAAAAUUUAAGAAUACCACACUUUAAUAUUAAAUAUUCAUAAGGUCUAGUAUCUUGAUAAUAAUGUAGAUGUUUUAAUAACAAUUUUUGUCCUUCUUUAAAUAAAAUGAAAGAAACUUGAUUCUUUUAGCCUUUGUUCUAGAAAAUAAACGUGUGCACUUUGACCUCUUUCCCUGA